GACAUAUGCGUGUUGGGUCUACCCUGUAUGAUGAGGAUUACGGUUAUGCGGUGUGAAUUAAGUCGCAUCCGCGAUACCUCGCUGGUUUUAUCCUGGGCGAGGUCUAAACUUCGAGAAGCCUCUCAUGGACAUUUCAGCCUUCACUGGAAGUCUGGAUACACGUGUCCUUCAAGGAGGAGUCUGGUCUCGAGUUUCUAGGUGAGAGAAAUCUCACUAUAACACAUGCCCCUAGUUUCGCGAUGUGACUUGAGCGGUCACUGAGGGAAACUACUGCUCGAGAGACAGGUGAAAGGUUGUCACGAGGAGGUGACCUUUUGGUUGUCCCAUCGAGGGUUUCGAAAAAUGACGGCUGUAAUGAUUAAUUUUCAUUACCGCUGGGGUGCCACGUCACGAAACUCUUCGGUUUUCGUGUAGGCGUGGCCAUAGCUGGCCGUUAGAUUGGGCGACCUUAGGCAUUCUGGUUGCCACGCGUCACAAUCCCAAUAAAUAAGGGAUAUGGGUAUUUAAACGCUUUGAUACGAAUCAAAUAUCCCAUUUUUCCCUCCUUUCUCUUAACUUCUCCCCAGUAUAUACACCCCAGAAAAAGGAAAUUCAUUCCAAAUUUUCUGCCAUUUUCCACAGCAUUUUCAUUCUCAGAAGUGAUCGAGAACAACCGCAGGAAUCGAAACUAAAGAUAGACCAGCUCGACCAACGCUUAGCGCGAAUAAGAAGGGGGUAGCUGAAAUUCUUGGGAGUCUUCCGGUACAAGAUCGCGACUGGCGAUUGCUGUGUACGACUGCCAAAUUGCGAGAACACAAACUGAUCCCCGAGAACGCGAGUCUUCAACGGGAGCCAGUAUAUAAAGAACCAUCUGAGAGACAGCAGGAGCGGAUAGAUAAACGACUUUCCAAGCAAACUCCUCGAGAAACUUCAGGUAACUCGUCCUUUUGCUAUAACGUGAUGGGUAGAGUCGUGAUUUUUACUUAUCUGUCUUUUAUGCUUGUAGACAUGACCUUCUUGAAGUCUGCCCCUGUCCUGAAGAUCAAGCAAAAGGGUGGAACACCGGCGUCCUCACCAGUAGUCGCCCAGAAGAGGAAGAGCGAUGUGAUGACUUCGCUCGCUGCAGAUUCCUCCAAGAAGUUGGCCAAGACCACUCAGGAUAAGGGGAAGAAGGUUGUCAUUGAUUCUCCGGUUCGCCCUCGCGACUUCCUGGCCAUGCAGGAAAAAUUACUGGCCGAGAUUCCUUAUGAGGAACUUGCUUCUCGAUCUACUGAACUUGCCGUACAAUCUGUGGCUUUGUUUAUGAAAGCCGUGGCCACGCCUUCGAAGGAAACUGAUUCGCUGAAGAGGCAGAACGCCCAUUUUCAGGAAAACAUAAAGAGGCUGAAGCAAGAGGUGGCCAAGAUGGAGGAACUUCACAAGGAGCUCGAGGAAGCCAACAGGGCCAAAGAACAGUUGGAGCUCGAGCUCAAGAAGUCGCAGGACACGAUCGCUGAGAUGGCUCGCGACUUGGAGGCUGAGAAAGAGAGUGGGAAAAAACAGUAUGAUCAGGCUGUGUCUGAUUACAUUUAUACUACUCUCUCCAAGGUCCCUGACUUCGACUUCUCGCUGCUUGGAGAUGAAGCUGCUGAAAUGGCUGAAGCCUUUCGCUCGAUGUCUCCUACCCGGACUCAAGGCAACCUUCCAGAUGAAAUCGAGGGAGUGCAGGCUGAGGAGGUCGAGAAUGAAGUCGUGAGCAAGAUCGUGGAUGAGGCUGCUCCUGAUGAGACUACUCCCGCUGCUUGAUUAUUUUCUAUCUUAGUUUCACUCUCUUUUUUUUUUUUAUAUAUGCGGUACACGGGUACUCGCACUUUUGUACUUAAAGAAUUUUAUCUUACUUUUUGGACAAAUUUCUAUCCUCGCGGGGAUAGUAUGCAUUUUAAUAUUUACGCAGUACAUGGGUACUUGCGAUUUUAUUUUCAA